CAAAAGGAUGCGGCUCCCAGCUCGGGUUGGGGGCUCACCUUGGAUGAGAAGCUUGACAGAGGUCAGCUUGCUAUGGGAUGGAAGAAGAAGAAGAGAACCACUAUGUUUCACAGCUCAGGGAAGUCUACAGCAGCUGUGACACCACAGGGACAGGCUUUCUGGACCGGGAGGAACUGACCCAGCUCUGCCUCAAGCUUCAGUUGGAAAAGCAGCUGCCCAUCCUUCUGCAAACACUUCUUGGAAAUGACCACUUUGCCAAGGUUAACUUUGAGGAAUUUAAAGAAGGUUUUGUGGCAGUGUUGUCAUCAACUGCUGGUGUUGGCCCCUCAGAUGAAGACAGCAGUUCUUUGGAAUCAACUGCCUCUCGUGCUGUCCCACCAAAGUACGUGAGCGGCUCUAAGUGGUACGGUCGCUGGAGCCGGCCCGAGCCCGAGCUGUGUGGCUCUGCAACAGGAGCCAAAUGUUCACCAGAACAGCAGGCCCGGACCACUGGAAGAGGCCAACUCCGUCGCUCCGCAUCUUUGGAAAGUGUGGAGAGUCUCAAGUCAGACGAAGAAGCUGAAAGUGCUAAAGAACCUCAGAAUGAGUUGUUUGAAGCACGAGGCCAGCUGCCAGCUUGGGGUUCUGAGGUCUUUGGGUGCCUCCAGAAGCCCUGCAGCCCCUCCUUGGACACCCCUGAGAGCCGGGUCCGGGGCAUCUGGGAAGAGCUGGGCGUCGGCAGUAGCGGCCACCUCAGCGAGCAGGAGCUGGCCAUCGUCUGCCAGAGCAUCGGGCUCCAGGGACUGGACAAGGAGGAACUGGAGGAUCUGUUUAACAAACUGGAUCAAGAUGGAGACGGCAGAGUGAGUCUUGAGGAAUUCCAGCUUGGCCUAUUCAAUCACGGGCCCACUUCACUUCCAGAAUCUUCCACUCCUGUCAAACCGAGCAUGUCCUGGUCUCAUUACCAGGUCCUGCAGGAGGGUGGCUGCCAGACCGCCACGACGUCGUCCCUGGUGUCUGUGUGCUCAGGCCUGCAUCUCUUGUGCAGCAUUGAUGAUGGCACCGGAUUUGCGUUUCCUGAACAGCUCAUCGCCCUGUGGGCCCAGGAGGGGAUUCAGAACGGCAGGGAGAUCUUGCAGAGUCUCGACUUCAGUGUGGACGAGAAGGUGAACCUUUUGGAGCUGACCUGGGCCCUUGAGAAUGAGCUCAUGAUGGUUGGUGGUGCCACUCAGCAAGCGGCCUUGGUCUGCUACCGCCAGGAGCUGAGCUUCCGCCAGGGGCAAGUGGAGCAGAUGGCAAGGGAACGAGACAAGGCGAGGCAGGACCUGGAGAAAGCCGAGAAGAGGAACUUGGAGUUUCUGCAAGAGAUGGAUGACUGUCACUCUGCCCUAGAGCAGCUCACGGAGAAGAAGAUCCAACACCUGGAGCAGGGAUACCAGGAAAGGCUGAGCCUCCUGCGGUCCGAGGUGGAGAGGGAGCGUGAGCUGUUGUGGGAGCAGACCUGCAAGCAGAGGGCUGUGCUGGAGAAGGACCUGGAGCACCUUCGGGCCGAGGAGGUCAGCCUCCAGGAAAAGCUGACCCUCGCCCUGAAGGAAAACAGUCGAUUACAGAAGGAGAUUAUUGAAGUUGUGGAAAAGCUUUCGGAAUCAGAGAAGCUGGUCUUGAAACUGCAGAAUGACCUGGAGUUUGUGUUGAAGAAUAAGCUGGAGCCACAGAGCACAGAGCUCCUGGCCCAGGAGGAGCGGUUCGAGGAGGUCUUAAAGGAGUAUGAGCUCAAGUGCCGGGACCUGCAGGACCACAACGACGAGCUGCAGGCUGCACUGGAAGGCCUGCGAGCACAGCUGCCCCCGAGUUGGCAUGGUCAGCCCCACGCACAGCCAGAGGAACGGCUGCCCCCUGAACAUGGGCCAGCAGGCAUCAUCUCAUUUGUUGGUGAUUCCAUUCCAGUGAGUUUAGAAACAGAGAUAAUGAUGGAGCAGGUGAAGGAACACUGCCAAGACCUCAAGAUCCAGCUGGAGACCAAGGUAAAUUCCUACGAGAGGGAAAUGGAGCUGAUGAGGAGAGACUUCACGAAGGAGAGGGAGCAGAUGCAGCAGGCCUUCAGGCUUGAGGUCCACGUGCUGGAGUGCCGGAGGGCCGACCUGGAGGUGCUGCUCGGGAAGUCUCAGGAGCUCAUCCGAGGCCUACAGGACCAGCUCCAGUGGGCGGCCUGUGGCCCUCCGCCGGAGAGUGCGGGGUUGGGGCAGUGCUGCAUGCAGGCGCUGUCUGGCCCUGCCGGGCGGCUGGCCCAAAAGCAGGACCCACUGGAGCAGGGGCAGCACCAGUGGCAUCGGAACGAGCUGCAGCGAGUCAGGAAAGAGGCUGAAGUUGCUCUGAACUACGAGCUCUCAAGGAUGGAAGCCCAGCAGGCUGCCCAUUGUAAGCACUUUGCGCUGCAGCCUCAGCAGGAGAAGGAAGAGGUGCUCCAGAGAGCCCUGCUGCAAGUCCACGAGGUGACAGAGCAGCAUGACCAGGAGAAGGAGCGGAGGGCGGGCAGGGGGGAGGAGCCCCACCCACGCUGGGAAAGUCAGCAGCGGAAGCUGCAGGAGCUGGUAGGCAAGGAACAGGCAGAGUUUUGCAGGUUCUCUGCCCUGGAGGAGGAGAAGCUGGAGCUCACCUGUAGGAAACAAGUAGGAAGGCCUGUAUGGGCAACAGACAUGCUGUGGGCCUGCUGGAGGGACAGGCCAGCUGUGGCAGGUCGUGAGCAGGAGGGUGCAGGCAGGAGGGAGCAGCCACUGGCCUGGCCGGAACCUGGCGAUGGACGUGGCCAUGGGCAAACCAGGUGCAGGCAUGUGGAUGCCCGGCAGAGCCCAGCCCUAGCCCCUGCUCUGGCCCGCAGAGGGCCCUUGGAGAGCCUUGGCCUCAGAGAGGAUGGUCGGCAUGUGCUCGUUGCUGAAGAGGUGGCUUCUGCUCCCCCCGAGAGGCGGGCACAGGUGCACCCAUGUGGGGUGGACAGGAGAGCGGUUCUGGAGGAGCCAAUGCCUCUUGCCAGCAGCUCAGCUGGUGUGACCCAGACUGAAGCCCAGGAGCUCCUCUGGGGAACAGAAGGAGAUGCCUCACCAGCCCAGCCCCCACCAGUGGGCAGAGGAGAGACUGAGAGGCAGCUGGCCGUUCUGGAGCAAGCUGGGCACCUGAGUGAGGGGCUGGCCCCCACAGGCAGCCAGGGGCAGGCCAUGGAGGAGCAGGGCCAGCAUGGGGAGAGCACCCUGGAGCAGGAGCUGCAGCAAAGCAGGGACAAGGCCAAGGAGGGCACCUCGCUCUCCCAACCCCACCUCACUGGCCCCCAAGUGGCCGGGCAGGAGCAGCUUGAGGCCCUGCAGGAGGAAGAGGCCAACACAGCCAUGGAAAGAGAGAAGGAUGACAUGAAAACCAAACUUCUGCAGCUGGAAGAUGUCGUUCGGGCUCUUGAGAAAGACGCAGAUUCAAGAGAGAACAACAGAAUCGAGUUGGAUAGGCUUUCUGAAGAAAACACAUUGUUGAAAAAUGAGCUGGGAAGGAUUCAGCAAGAGCUUGAAGCUGCAGAAAGGACAAAUGAUGCCCAGAGGAAGGAAAUGGAGGUUUUAAAGAGAGACAGGGAAAAGGCCUGCUCUGAAGUGGAAGAGCUCAACAAACAGAGUCAGAAAUGCAAGGAUGAAGUGUCCCAGCUCAAUCACAAGAUCCUUCAGCUUGGAGAAGAGGCCUCUAUCCACCAGGCCCAGAAUGAGAAGAACUGCUUCACCAUUCAGCUGUUAACACGGAGACUGGAGGAGGUGGGGCAGAGGGAGGGGUUGCAGAGUGAGCACAUCCAAAAACUUGAACUUGAACUCGAACACAAAAAUCAGGAAUGUCAGAGCCUAAGACUGUCACAGUCACAGGUGAGAGAGACCCUCGAAGAAAGUCAAGACCAGCUGCAUAGAGCCAGCCUGGGACUGAGGCUGACACAGUCCCAGCACUCCGAGGAGGUUCAUCGCCUGCAGGAGCGGAUGCAGUGGCUGGUGCCUCUGGACCUUGUGGACAGGCUGCAGCAGCUGCUGGAAGAGGAACGGCAGGUGGCUCGGCGGGUCCGCGAGGAGUGCCUUCUCCAGGAGGAGAAAGGGCGGCGGCUAGAAACACAGUGGGAAGAACAUGAAAAAGAGCUUAAAGACACCAAAGAGCAGGUAGAAGAGGUGGGAAUGGUUCUGAAGAAUGUGGAAACGCUCCUACAAGAAAAAGUGGCCGAGCUGAAAGAGCAGUUUGAAAAGAACACAAAGUCCGAUUUGCUGCUCAAGGAGUUUUAUGUGGAAAAUGCUCACCUGACGAAGGCACUUCAGGUCACCGAAGAGAAGCUACGAGGUGCAGAGAAGAAAAAUCGCAUCUUGGAAGAAAAAGUUAGAGCUCUCAACAGACUCAUCAGUAAGAUCGCUUCAGCUUCCCUCUCUGUGUGAAGGCUGCUUGUUUUCCUGGAAUUCAUUUCAAAAGAACAUCUUUUAAAAUUAAGCCACCGUGGUGCCAUAAUUUUCUAGGGUUCAUUGGCCAUGCCCCGGGCAUAGGAGGUUUCUGAUUCUUCUUUGUUCACCUCACACACAUUUAAAAAUAUCUGUUGUGCCAGAUGCUCAGAAAAUAGACAUGCUGGAAAAGAUGACAUUUUUAUUAGUGGUCCUGGGUAAUUUCUCUAGGUAAAAUUCCCAGUUUUGCUACCAAUGGGUGAAACAGAUUAUGGCAGCUUUCAGCGAAGAAAGACUAAAAGAAAAUGGUAAAAUCAAUUUCAGUGUUGUACUUUUGACCUUGGCUGCAGAGAGUAAAAUGAAAAAUAAGUGCUCUGGACAGUUUCACCCUUUCACUGUUACUGCUUUGGGUUCGGAUCAUUAGCAUUCUCAGUGUGGCUACACAGACGUUCUAGAAAGACUACUCGCUGUGCCUGUCAGCCCUGCUCCACAGGAAGAUGUUUGGGGAGGGCUUAUUUUAAGUCUGUGGACUCAGGGAUGAUAGUAUUUAUUGCGAAUGCAAUCUUUUCCUCAAUGAAAUGUCAUCACACUGGAAAUUGUAUUAAAUGUAAAGAAAAAAGAACUAUAGUUUUAUAUCCAAAAUAUAUAUAGGUAUGGUCAUUUGGUUUAUGAGAAUAAACUACUGUACUAUGAA